GCACAACCUCGCCGUGGUCGCCUUGUAUAUAUCCUAAGCAACGCCCUGCUGUCAAUCACCUGACAACUCCAUAUACUCAGCGCUGUCCCGCAUAUCAAAACUGCCAAUACCUUCGCUUUAAUGGCUACGCCAAUCAUCGAAGCCAGGUCUCUUUCAUCGCUUACCGCUCUUGCAUCCAAUCCACCAGCUUACCCAAGGAAUCCUACUCAUGAGAGCCAUGACCCGCUAGUACUGUACAUCGCCCGUGUUCCCGGCAGCAGAGAUGUCUUCUUAUCUCCGAUGAAGCCGCGGGAAAAGGUAGUGACCGCAGAAGACAUACAAAGCUCACUCUAUUUCGUCCACGUUGAGCAACCAGAAGAUGCUUACCUUGUCAACCCUCCCGAAUUCCAGGAUCCAGAUUAUGCGCAAGAGGGCCAAGCUUCUUCCAAUCCCGUCUCUGCGCCUAUUGUUCCAAGGAAAGCAGUACCCGGCACGAACACUGCUCCCGUACGGAAGCCAGUGCCUAGUACUCUGGCGACUAUCAAUAACUACUCCAACAACCAGAACAUCGAUGCAGGCAACUAUGCGCGGAGAUCUACAAUGCUCGCCCCAGAGUAUAGCCACAGCCCACGACGCUCGUUCGACGCAAGCCAGUACCAACAGGAAAAUCGAAGACCGACAGCUUCACCACGCAGACAAUCAGAGAACCCGUCACGCUCUAGCGCGUCGCUCACCCUUAUCCGGCGAGAUCCCGCAUCUGGCGCGCAAUGGAAUGUUGCUCGCAUUGAGGACCCACCUAUCCUAGAUAUCUCGUCGGCAUCGAAUGAUCCCAGCAUCAAGAAGAAGUUGGGAGCCCCGAUGUAUAUCGAAGUUUUCAACCCUGGCUACUCCAAAUUUCUACAUUCCGACACCACCAACAAGCCUCCUUUAACAACACGAGAUAGUGGAAUGUCUAUCCAAUCACGUAGCGCAGGGUCAGAACAGCAGACGGGGGCUCAUCUGUCUACAAACGAGAACGUGUUCCGUCGACGCAUAUGGAUGGAAGGAUCGCAGCACAUCGGCGGCUUUGGACAUCGGAAGCUUAAUUCGUAUGACUACGAUACCGGACGCCCUGACUCAAGAGAGAAUUAUCGCGCGCAGACCAACUCUACAUCAACAGACAUGCGACCACCUCCAACUCCCCCGUUUGUGACUAGGCAAGACCAGACAUAUGGUAGCAUUCAAGUCUCUGAUAGGCAAACCACUUUCCGUGGCUAUGUGUUCACAAGCCCGUGGAACGGACGAUGCGAAUUCACCACGGGAAUAGGUGGAGGAUCUUUGAAGUGUCGACAUAUUGUCCCAGGGCGUCAAGGAGCGCCGUCUACAGCAAUGACGGUUAGUGAGCUAAGGUUCAACCUCCCAAGUAGUCCAAAACCCACUACACCCAGAGGCGAAGAAGGCUCAAAACGCUCGUCGUUCUUUCGCAAAGCACGACACAGCCGUAAUAACUCCUCCUUAUCAGUCAGUCGCGAUGAUACCACCGAAGACGCUAGGAGCUCGUUAGAUCGCUUAGAUCUUUCUCUAGGUCAGGAGUUUGCUGGUGGUGGUUUUGGUGGUAAGCAAGCGAAAUUGGGAAAGAUAAUUCUGGAAGACGAAGGCCUGAAAAUGAUGGACUUACUAGUCGCGGCGAAUCUGGGAUUAUGGUGGAGAGCCUACGAGAAAGCGCUCGUAAGUGGGGGCACUACAGAUACUCUACAAUAGCUGGCGACGACCAGAAUUCUGUUGGAGCGUAAUACUCUCGUCGUGUAAGCCGGGUGUCACCAUGGGAGGGUUUUAUCACGGUGCUUCUCCAAGUUUCAGGCACGUUUUAGACGUCACUGCCCAUUACGAUAUACCAUAUGAUGCAUUAGACGGUAUGUAUAGUGAAAGACACGUCUGAGAGCGCUGAUUAUGCAGAAUCGUGCGGUCACCUGAACAUGUCUAUA